AUGGCUAUGCAGGGGACCAAUUUUUGUUGUUCUCGACUUCGAAUCCUGCAAUAAAAUACAAAUGGGAUUUGGUGACAAUAACGAAGCAGGGUUAAAUUUACAUUAAAUAAAUAAAGACAAGUUGUAGCUCCAAUCCACGCGGAGGUUUCACGUGAAAGGCAUUUGGUUAUCGAUUGGCCACAAACAUGGAACAUUCCAUUUGAUGACAUGGCCCCAAAAUAAUCCAAAUUAUUCUCUGUGAAAAUUCGUCGCAAUAAGCCUUUGAAAAACAUCGAUCGUCUUGGCAAAACUUCAAAUGUUGGACACUAGUUUUUAACCCCGCCAAAUCAAUUUGUUUUGUUCUUUAAAUUUUUCUUGAGUUUGCUUGGGAAGGGAGAUUUGAUUAAUUAUACAGAGACUUUCGAGCCUUGAAAUUGCUGAGAUUGAAAGAACUUGUUUAGUGAGAUGGAUGAAGUGAAGGGCAAGGUGAAGGGAUUGAUGAAGAAAAUAAACAACCCAUUUGCAGCAGGAUCUUCUUCGUCGAAAUUCAAAGGGCAGGGUCGAGUGUUGGGUUCGUCUUCUUCAGACGGUACAGCCCAAAAUAACGUACAAAGACAUUGGCAAUCGUCAACACCAUCGUCGGACAACAGGCCCAAAAAUCCUCCUCAAAACAAUAGAGCAGGUGCAAUGGAUGAAAUUCACGAACAAAGAAUUCCAGAGCCGGAUUCUCAUCUUAAGGGUAAACAAAUCACGGGUUCGAACCCCAAGCCGCAGGGUUUUGACCCUUAUGACAGUUGCAUUUCCUCUCGAGUUGCCCCCAAAUCGGGAUCUUCGUUGGACAUGUUUCAGUGCCCUAUCUGCAACGACUGGUUUAAGUCCGAGAAAGAAGUUUCAGACCAUGUUGAGAAUUGCUUAGAAACGAAGCAACACCUCGAAGAUGAUCGGGCAGGGCGCCCAACGGAUUCAAAAACAACUAACUUAAAAAAUCGGGUGGACGUUUUCAUGUCUGGGAAGCCCUCCGAUAAAACCCUAGAGGUGGUACUCAAGUUGCUUAGGAAUAUUGUGAGUGAUCCCAGCAAUGACAAAUUUCGAAGGAUCAGGAUGACUAACCCUAAAAUUCAGGAGACUGUUGGUUCAGCUGUUGGUGGCGUGGAACUAUUGGAAUGUGUUGGUUUUAAAUUCCAAGCUGAGGGAGAAGAUAUGUGGUGUAUUAUGGAAUUGCCAUCUACAGAUGAAAUAAGUAUUGUUACCGAUGCAAUUGGUCUCCUGGAGCCUCACCUGCCCUCGCCAGUUACGACAUCCAUGUUGGCUACCAGUCAGAACGGAGAUCAAGUCAAGCCAGGGAAAAUUGACAGACAGGUCCGUGUAUUUUUUGCUGCUCCAGAAAGCAUGGCUGCCAAAAUUGAACUUCCAGAUUCCUUCUUUCAGCUUACAGCUACAGAACUGAAAAGAGAAGCUGAUUCAAGAAAGAAAAAAAUUGAAGAUUCACAACUUUUGAUUCCAAAAUCUUUCAGGGAAAAGCAGAUAAAAACUGCACGAAAGAGAUAUAAAGCUACUGUUAUUCGAAUCCAGUUCCCAGAUGGAGUAAUACUACAAGGUGUUUUCCAUUCAUCAGAGCCAGCCAAUGUGUUAUAUCAGUUUGCAAGAUCAGCUUUAAAAGAUUCAAGUCUGGAUUUUGAGCUAUUGGGACCAGCUGUACCUAAGAGUUGUACAAUUCCUCGUGAUGCAAAAUCGGGCGAGAAAAUACUGACUCUUGAGGAUCAGGAUCUAGUUCCUGCCGCUCUUAUAAAAUUUAAACCAAUUGAAACAGAUUCUAUUGUUUUUACGGGUCUCUGCAAUGAUCUCCUUGCAGGGAGUGAGCCACUUACGCCAAAGGCAUUUCCAAGUGACGUUGAAUUCAAAAUGGGUUUAUAAGGGGCUGAGGUGGUAGUUUGGAUCAAUUUUAUGCAUUGCUUCUGUUGAAUGUAAUCUGUAAAUCUAUUUAAAAUUAUUUAAUUCUAUCUGAGGGAUACCCUUAAUGUAAUAAUGCAUUGAUUGUAAUGGAUAUAACUCUGUGAUGCUGGUUGAUCCCAGUGUUUUCUUGGUUUGCUAUGGAUUGGGCUACCCUCUUUUAUCUUUGGUAACAACUGUUCAUAGUUUAUUUACUCAAACAAGAUUUUUAAGGGCUGCAUCUUUGGGCCUGGAAAUAAUUAAGGUUGCCAGGAACGAGGAUGUUUUCCUAGUCUCAUUUGCUGGCGAUGGCAAGAGCCCUGCACCAUGAAUUGGACCUUUUUUGCUUGAGAAGCACAUCUGCAACUUUCCCCCUGGCAAAAUUCUAUCAGAUCAUCUGCAUCAAGAACUAACCAUAAUUGCUAUCUUUUGGUAAGGUCAAUAUGUUUGGCUGGUAAAAUCACAUUAAGCCGUAUUGUUUGUUUGACUAUUUGAUUCUAUCAAAUGGCAAAUGCAAUUUUUGAACUUGGCUGUUUGCCGAAUGGAAUCAUGCUAGUGACAUUGGAUGACUAUGGAAACUGUAUGCUUAUCUGUAACAAUUUGUGUCGAUGCAAUGGUAAUCUUAAAAGUUUUGAA